CCACGCAACAGAGAGAGAGAGAGAGAGAGAAGAAGAAGAAGAAGAAGAAGAAGAAGAAUAAGAAAAAAUGGUGAAGAUCUGCUGCAUCGGAGCUGGCUACGUUGGCGGUCCAACAAUGGCUAUGAUCGCCUACAAAUGCCCCGACAUCCAAGUCGUCGUCGUCGACAUCUCCGUCUCCCGCAUCAACGCCUGGAACAGCGAUCGCCUCCCCAUUUUCGAACCAGGCCUAGACGAUGUCGUCAAAUCUUGUCGCAACAAGAACCUCUUCUUCAGCACUGAAGUCGAAACCCACGUCUCCGAAGCCGACAUAGUGUUUGUCUCCGUCAAUACUCCCACCAAAACCCGAGGUCUCGGCGCAGGCAAAGCUGCAGAUCUCACUUACUGGGAAUCUGCCGCUCGAAUGGUCGCCGAUGUCUCCAAAUCAGACAAGAUCGUCGUCGAAAAAUCCACCGUUCCCGUCAAAACCGCAGAAGCAAUUGAAAAAAUCCUCACCCAUAACAGCAAAGGGAUCAAUUUUCAGAUCCUUUCCAAUCCUGAAUUCCUCGCUGAGGGCACUGCAAUUGAAGAUCUCACUAAUCCCGAUCGUGUCCUCAUCGGUGGCCGUGAAACUCCUGAAGGUCAAAAAGCUGUUGCAGCACUCAAAGCCGUCUAUGCCAAUUGGGUCCCAGAGGAUCGGAUCAUCACCAUGAAUCUCUGGUCCGCAGAGCUCUCAAAGCUCGCUGCCAAUGCUUUCUUGGCUCAGCGGAUCUCAUCCAUUAAUGCUAUGUCUGCGCUUUGUGAAGCCACCGGUGCUGACGUUUCCGAGGUGGCAUACGCCAUCGGUAAGGACUCGAGGAUCGGAUCGCGGUUCCUGAACGCAAGCGUUGGGUUCGGUGGUUCUUGUUUCCAGAAGGAUAUUCUCAACCUCGUCUACAUCUGUGAAUGCAAUGGACUCACCGAAGUCGCAAAUUACUGGAGACAAGUUGUUCAGAUCAACGAUUACCAGAAAACUCGAUUCGUGAAUCGAUUGGUGUCGUCGAUGUUCAACACUGUGUCUGGAAAGAAGAUUGCAGUUCUUGGAUUUGCAUUCAAGAAGGACACAGGGGAUACCAGAGAAACCCCUGCGAUCGAUGUGUGUCAUGGGCUGUUGGGAGACAAAGCGCAGCUUUCGAUCUAUGAUCCACAGGUGACGGAAGAUCAGAUCAGGCGAGAUCUGACGAUGAAUAAGUUUGAUUGGGAUCAUCCACAGCAUUUGUUGCCGGCUAGUCCUACGUCGGCGAAGAAUAAUGUGAUCUUCACUUGGGAUGCUUAUGAAGCGACCAAGGGAGCUCAUGGUGUGUGUAUACUGACAGAAUGGGAUGAGUUUAAAACUCUUGAUUAUCAGAAGAUCUAUGAUGCUAUGGAGAAGCCGGCAUUUAUCUUUGAUGGAAGGAAUGUGGUUAAUGUGGAGGCGCUGAGGAAGAUUGGGUUCAUUGUGUAUUCAGUUGGGAAGCCAUUGGAUGCUUGGAUCAAAGAUCUUCCUGCUGUGGCUUAAACCUGAUCGAGAAUGGCGAGAGUUCAUGCGAAUUCCACG